AUGGACAAGGUCACCGAACAAAUGAAGGGUUCCCAACAGCCCGGCGACGCCAAGAACACUGCCAAACAAUUCACUGAUCAGGGCCAGGGCAAGGCCGACGAACUGAAGCAGAAGGGCCAGGAGACUGUUCAAUCCGUCAAGGAUGCCGCAUCCAAUGUUACAGGUAGUGUGCCAGGCGACAAUGGCUAA